AGAGGAACACAUCAAUGGUUGCACAUUGGAAAACCGACCUAUAGCCUACAAAGCUGCCCUGGAUCAUGGCCAGAGUUAGAAAUGAACUUAUAUAAAGAUUCUGGCUUACAUCAGCUUCGAUACUGACCCAAACACCGAAGGAUCAGACUUAAGUGACCAGGAAUUUUUAGGAUUUGCGUUGACUCCUCCGGUGACCCAAAAUGUUGAUAAAGGGGUUAGUGCUUGUAGUAGUCACGUGCAUAACAGGAUAUCAAGCUGAUAUCAGCACCGACCAGAUAAGUCAUUUUUUCUGGAAUUACCUGACACGGCUGACCAUCGGGAAUAAGGAAAAAGUAGACAAUGUUCAGCAAUCGGACAUCAGUAAACAGCUGAAUGCUCUCAUUGAAGAAAACCUGAAGAGCGUAAAUAAUUUCGAUGGUGAAUUAGUGGGGCAGCUAAUUCCUUUGGCUGAAGAAAUCCAUAAACAACUAACACAAGACUCUCAAACUUUGAAAGAACAAAUAAGACAAGAGUUAGAGAAGUUGAGGGUCAAACUGUCCCCAUAUACAGAUGAGGUGCAAAAGCAGCUGAAUAGGAAUGCAGAGGAGCUCCAGGAGAAUUUGGCUCCAUAUGCUGAGGAGUUUCAGGCCCAGCUUGAUGAAAGCACCCAUGUGCUCAGUGAGCAGCUAAAAGCUAUAAAACAGAAACUAGAGAACAAGAUCAAAGAAAAUUCUGACCAAUGGCAGACAUCCCUGGCCCCAUAUUCUGACGAACUGAAGAGCACCAUAGAUGACAAUAUGGAGCAGCUAGAGAAACAACUAAAAAUGAUCAACUGUCAAGUGAAGAAUAAUAUUGAUAUGCAAAUGGAAGAGCUAUAUAAAAGCCUGAUACCCUAUGCAAAAGAUGUGAAAGAGGAGCUGCAUAAAGAGAUCAAAAACAUGGACUUUCAGAUGAAGAAGAAUGCUCAGCAGAUGGAGAGCACAAUUCUGGAAUUCAUAGGAAAACUGCGAGACCAACUCUACCCCUAUACUAAUGAACUAAGAAAGACGUGGAAUAGCGAUAUCACAGAUAUCAGACAGGCAAUGGAACCAUACCUUACUGAGAUUAACCACCAAAUGGACCAGAAGAUUGAGGAGUUUAGGGAGACAAUAACCCCCUAUGCAGAUGCCCUUAAUAAAGCACUUGUAAAGAGAGUGAAAGACAUGAAGAAGAAGUUUGGAGAAUAUACUGUGAGUGUACAGGAUCAAAUGGAAUACAUGGACAAAAUCAUUCGGGACAAGAUCCAGGACUUCAUCACGCAGGGGGUUUCUGCUGAAGACUAAGUUAUUGAUGCUUAAACUUCUAGACAGUUAGUGUGAAACCAACACUAUUAUAAUUUCUAAGAAAGUAUAUGAAUAGAAUGUAACACAAAGACAAAUACUGUAGCAGCAAAUAAACACGGGAAUUCAAGCUA